CAGCUGAGGCGGAAGGAGGCGGAGUGGAUGGCCGAGUACGACCGCGGCGUGCAGGCGCUGCUGAAGAUCGUCCAGCAUCACGAGAGUGAAACAGCGCAGUUAAAGGCGGAAGUGGAGAAGCUGCGAACUGCGGCGGCGGUUGUUCCGCCCUCGAUCACCAAGAUGACAAGGGCCACUCAGACAGAGAGUGCUAGGCCGGUAAGAGCCACGCCAAGAAGGAACAGUGUACGCUUCGCACCAAAUGAAGACUGUGCAGUAACAGAUAAAGAGGAAGUCGAUCCAAGAACGAAAAUCAAGAUCGCGCGCAUGCAGGUGAAUUCGACUCAGACAGAGGAAAUACCCGUUUUGGCAUCGUCUGCAAAGCUUCAACAGGACUUGGAAGACCGCAAUCGACUACUUCACGAGCGACUGACAUCGCAACAAAACAUGCUGGACCAGUUGCUACACACAAAGCUGACACAUGCAAACGCCAGCUCGGCGAAGCGUGAACGGGGUCCUGUACUAAACACACCAGCAGAUAUGUCCCAGCGUUCGCAUCCGCACAAACAAUGCGUGUGGACCAACUCGACCGUCGUGUACAACGUA